AUGACAAAGCAAACACAAAAGGACAACCUUGUAUUUGAGGAAACCAAAGAUCCUGAGGUUAUCAGGUUCACGCACAUGCAAAAUGGGGAGAACUGGGCACCACCGUUCAUGAGCAAGGAAGACUACUUGCAGAGAGAACGGGUGAUCGGAACCUCCGAGAUUUCUACGAAGCACCUGUGCCCUAAAAUGCAGAAACGAUUUCCUGAGGGGAGCGAGUGUCUUGGGAUAAAGUACUACGUGCUGAGGAACCUAGGCCUGCCAGCGACGUCGAAGACGUCGCAGGUGGUGGCGAGCUGCGAGACUCUGAACCGGGUAGGGAUGGCGGCCAGCCCGCAGACCGGUGGCGCGGUUCAGCCGGUGCUGACUGCGUGCAUCGGCGGCGUGUAUACGCUGCCGGAGUACCGCUGUAAGGGCUACGGGUCUCAGAUGAUUACGCGGCUCAACAAGCUGUAUGACGAGUACUCCCAGCGGGCGGACACUCCGCCGCUGGCGAAGACUGUGGUAAUGACGCUGUACAGCGAAGUAGGGGAGUACUACAGUAAGUUUGGCUUCAGCUCGCGCCCGGUGCCCGUGCAUGUUGUUAAGAAUAUUGACAGACUGCUGAAUGAGUACUGCGGCGGCGAGCCGGGCGGCGGAGACGGCGGAGGCAGAGCCCUGGAUUUCGACGGGUGCGAGUCUCUGCUGGAGCGCCAGGUCCGCGAGUUCUCGCAGAACAUCACUAGGCUACAGAAAGAGAACCCCAACGCAUUUGUCUUCGCGGUGGAGCCUUCUCUCGACAACUUCAGGCUUUUCCACCGCAGAGGCUUGUUUCACAAGAAGUACGUGGAGCCGGAUUCGCCGGUGACGUUUGGGUACGCCCUGCCAAACGGCAGCCACCUGGUGUGGCACCACAAUUACUACCCAGGCGACCGCGCUCUGUUUUUGCUAAAGCUACAUGUGAGCGAGGACUCCGAGGACAAGGACGCGGACUUGAAGUUGCUUCUGGCACAAGCCAUUUGCGAGGCCAAGAAGACAAAAAUAGACCGCCUGCAGUUCUGGGACACUGAGCUGGGGCACCAGGCCUGGAGCAAGCCCUUCAUGGAAUUUCUCGGGAAAAUCGAAGAUAAAUCCGGCCUAUACCAGGAAAAUCCCUCUAGAAGCGCGGUCAGGGUCUCGGGCUUUAAAGGCGAAGAUAUCAUCUGGGAUCACAACACCAAAUAUUGCUGGUUUUAG